AUGUCCUGGUUUACUGCAGUUCACUACAUCAGAAUCUUUGGGGAAACUGUUGGAAAUCUUGCCAAAACAUGCUAUGUGCUCUAGGAGCAAUAUAGGCAACCAAUUUCCAGGCCAAGGUGUUCCUGCUGGAUUUUCUAUGUAUCCUGCAUUCAGUCCCUUACAGAUGAUCUGGUGGCAACAUAUGUAUGCACGUCAGUACUACAUGCAAUACCAAGCCGCUGUUUCAGCUCAGGUGACUUCCAGCACUGAGCCAGCGAGACCUGCAGUUGCCCAGGCUGUAAAUUCAGAACAUGCUCCUGCAAAUGAGCCUGCAGCAGCACCAAACGUAGCCGUCCAGGAGAACAGGCCUGUGAACCCAAAUGUUCAGAUGAAUGCACAGGGUGGCCCAGUAGUGAACGAGGAGGACUUCAACCGGGACUGGCUGGACUGGAUGUACACCUUCUCUAGAGCAGCAAUUCUUCUGAGCAUUGUAUACUUCUAUUCUUCCUUCAGUCGAUUUGUCAUGGUAAUGGGAGCCAUGCUGCUGGUUUAUUUACAUCAAGCUGGAUGGUUCCCCUUUAGGCAAGAGGGAGGCCAACAGCAGGCAGCCAAUAACGUGGAAGUGAACCGUGGUGGGCAACAUGCAAAUAAUCCUGACCUUGAGGAGAUGGAACGACUCAUGGAUGAUGGGAUCGAUGAAGACAGCGGAGAAGAUGCAGGUGAAGAUGCCAAUACAGAACAGCAGCCUGGAUUCAUGGCUUCUGCUUGGUCCUUCAUCACAACCUUCUUCACAUCACUCAUCCCUGAAGGGCCUCCGCAGGUUGGCAAUUGAAGCGGAAAAGGAACUGUGUCAGGCAGCCUCAGUAGCCAUACGUAGACGUGGAGCAGAUCCUAGAGAGUGUUUUAAAUACAGUGCAAUUCCUGAAAAUUUAUAACGUUAUCUUUUUGAUCAUGGUGUACAAAAAUGUGUAUUUUUUUUCUUUUUGCUUUCUCAUGCAUUGACUAUUUUAAGCACAAGUGGACUACUAAAUGCUUUCUUUAAGAUUCUUCUUUUUCUGAAGAAUAAAAUGUAAAGAUAUUGGUCUUCCAUGUUUUAUUUUCAUUUCAAAUGUGUAUUAUACUGAGGCAAAAAGCUUGUACUUCAUCUGCACCAUUACCUCUUUAAAGAGCUGUUAAACACACGAAUGUUGACAGAUCUUUCCAAAUGCUGUCUAGUCGUCUGAAUAACUUUAAUGCAUCUUGUGUUGGUUUUAUGCAGGGUGUGAAUUACCACUUGGGAUUUGGAGUUUCCAUCAUUCCGGAAAGAACGCUGUGAACACAAAGAUGACUUGGUAAUGGCAUGUUGUCUUCAUGCCACAAAAUACUAAGCCUCUUCUCAUAGGUUUGGAAAGCUAAAAGCUUUUUCUUGAGGCUGUGCUGAAGUUCAUUAAAGGU